AUCAAAUCAAGAAAAUUUUAGCUACCUGUUUGAUUUUUCUUUCCUUUUGUUUUCUUCAAGUUCUUUGCUGUUUUGGUAUAUGGAUAGUGUAAUGUUGAUAUUUUUCUGUGAAAUUUAACUCUUUAGGAAAGGGAAGCUACUAAUUGAAAUGUCAUAGUUAAAUUCCUUCCCUUUUCAGAAACUUUUGUUGGGGUAUAGGUUGCAUUAUCUUAAAUCCUAGAAAGUUUGUAUUUUUGGUUUUUGAAGCUUAUAGAACUAUUCAAAAAGUAUUGAAAAGGAGAACCAAAUUAUGCAUUGAUGAGAUUCUCUUGUCAGCCUAGUAUUAUGUAUCAAGAAUCUUGCUUGCUCUUAUCUCUGGUUGAGAAAUUAGAUUUAGAUUAUGUGGGCUCAGCUAACUUGGUAUGUUGGUUAUACAUUUAAGUAUUAUCCAUAAAUCUUUCAGUUACUGUUUCAUUUUUCAACUUGUAUCUUGAGGUGGCCGAGGGACUCUUUAGGGUAAAAUUUUGAUCUUCCAUAUACCGCACACACGCCACCAUCCCUGGACCCCACUUGUGGGACUCUGUUGUUGUUGUAACUUGUAUCUUGAGAUGGGGAAGAAAGGAAGCUGGUUUUCUUCAGUAAAGAAGGCUCUGAGUCCGGAUCCUAAGGAAAAGGCAGAGAAGAAAGCAAGUAAAUCGAAGAAGAAAUGGUUCGGGAAAAAGCAUCCAGUACCAGAUUCUUCAACUUUGGUUGUUACUACUGUUUCUCCUCCUCAUCCUGUUCCUCCAGCAGAAGAGGUCAAGCUGGCUGAAGUGGAACAAGAGCAGACUAAACAUGUUUAUUCUGUUGCAGUUGCCACGGCAGCAGCAGCUGAAGCAGCUGUUGCAGCUGCCCAGGCUGCUGCGGAGGUUGUUCAGUUAACUACAGUUAAUCAGUUUUCUGGCGAAUCCAAGGAGGAAAUAGCAGCAAUCAGGAUUCAGACUGCAUUUCGAGGAUAUCUGGCCAGAAGGGCAUUGAGGGCUUUAAGAGGACUUGUGAGACUCAAAACACUAGUUGAUGGACCUACUGUCAAACAGCAAACUGCAAAUACUUUGAAAUGUAUGCAGACUCUAUCACGCGCCCAGUCUCAGAUUAGUUCUAGACGGAGCAGGCUGCUGGAGGAGAACCGAACUCUCCAGAGACAGCUUAUGCAGAAACAUGCGAAAGAACUUGAGAGUUUGAGG